CGACCAAAGCUUCUCUGUCUUUGCUAUGGCUACUUUUACUUCUUUUGCUUCCAUCAAAAUUCCCAAUCUCCAGUCCAGCGACCGGGGUUCCAUUUUCCGGCCAAAUAGUAGUAAGAAAAUACUCAAGUUGUCCCGAUGCAACGUUGAAAACUCCACAAGUAACUCAUCAAACAAUACUAGUACCAGCUCUAGUACUAGUAGCCAAGAUUCCGAGUCUGAAAAUUUGCUGCUCAAAAUGGCUUGGUAUGGUUCUGAAUUCCUCGGGAUUGCUGCAUCAAUUUUCCGUUCUCCGACGACGGGUACUGAAGCUCCUUCAGAGGGGAAUUUGGAACUUGCAACUGAUGGGUCUGGACUUGUUGAUCGUGCCCUUGUGGUUGAUUCCAUUAAAGAUGACUUCCAAAGAUCCUACUUUGUUACAGGAAAUCUGACCCUUAAUGCAUAUGAAGAGAAGUGUGAAUUUGCGGAUCCAGCAGGUUCCUUCAAAGGGCUUAGUCGAUUUAAAAGGAACUGUACUAAUUUUGGUUACCUUGUUGAAACAUCAAAUAUGAAACUCAUGAAAUGGGAGGACUUUGAGGACAAGGCGAUUGGUCAUUGGCGUUUUAGUUGCAUACUGUCAUUUCCAUGGAAGCCCAUUCUUUCAGCAACUGGUUAUACAGAAUACUAUUUCAAUGAGAAAUCUGGAAAAGUUUGUAGACAUAUAGAGCAUUGGAAUGUCCCAAAGAUGGCUCUUCUGAAGCAAAUAAUAAGGCCUAGUAGGGGAAAAAAAGCCAGUGGAUGAAGUACUAGCGCUAAUGAUCCAUGUGAACUACAAACCCUCAUAUGGCUCAAAAACACGACAUGAACAAGAAUAUAAACCGUACAAUGAUACUGGAUUUAAAGGGGAGGAACAUUUGUUAUGUGAAUGGUGUCGAAAAAGAAUGAAGAAUGAGAAGAAAAGACACUAAUGCAUUAAGGUCAAUACUCUUAUUCAGAGUGCAGCAGAAGUGGAGAUAAAUAAGCUUUAGACAUUGAGAGCACUGAGAAGUCUCGCUUCGUGUAAGUAUCUGAAACAAAUAUGAAGAGCUUUCUAUUAAGUGUAUUUAUGUUGCUUAGGCCUGUUCAACUGAUUCAUUCACACACAAGAUUACACUGGUUUCAUGAGCCCUUUUACUCCGAAUCUCGUCAUUCUUUUUAUUGUUCAAAACAUAGUACAGUGAUGUUUUCACUCACUAAUAAGUUUAUAUAUGAAGUAAGAUCAUACAUUCUUUCUUGUA